UCAAACCCCAAGUUGGGAACACUCAGAGAAGAUGGUGUAUGGUCUCUAUCUCUAAUCUCUCUCUUUAAAAACAUGUCAAGGCUACUCCACCUCUUUCUCCAAUGCUCUUGUCUUCGUCACAUCCAACAUCACUUUGUUGUUAAUGUACUCUCUCUCUCUCUCUCUCUCUCUCUCUCUCUCUCUCUCUCUCGCUUACUUAAUUUCUCUCUCGUGGUCCUUCCUCUCCCUUUCCCCUCUCUUUAAAUCUCUUAUCACUUUCUCCAAUUCUUCAUAUCUCUUAUAUCUAACACUUGCCCUUCUCUCCUUCUCUUUCACUUUCCUUUCUUGUUUAUUAGCUCAUUUUUUGCUAUAUACAUCUUUUCCCAUUUCCAAUUUUGGUUUCCCUAAGCUUUCCCAUCAAAUUCUUAGCUUAAUUCUUAACACUCAGACACUCAUUCACCACUAAAACUAAGGAUGUCUAGCAGAAGGUCGAGGCAGUCUUCUGGUGUUCCAAGAAUCACUGAUGAUCAAAUCAUUGAACUUGUCUCCAAGUUACGCCAGCUUCUCCCGGAGAUUCGUGACAGGCGCUCUGAUAAGGUAUCAGCUUCCAAGGUCCUACAAGAGACCUGCAACUACAUCAGGAGCUUGCACAGGGAGGUGGAUGAUUUGAGCGAGCGAUUGUCCCAGCUUUUGGCUACAAUUGAUGCUGAUAGUCCUGAAGCUGCCAUAAUAAGGAGUUUAAUCAUGUAAUUAAGCCCUUUAUGAAUUACUUAAUUAAUUAUAUUUAUAUCUAUAUAUUUAAAUAUUCUCAUUACUAAGUUUUUAGUAGAUAGUUUGAUCACUACCAGCAGGUGAUACUAGCAGCAGAUCAAACAAAUUAAGGGAGCUAGAAGCUAUUUUAAGAAAAGAUGCCAUGUGGGUAGGCAUAGUAACUAUGUUGUAUAAUAAGAGGACUCGCGCAAGUCUAUUAUAAUAUAUAUUAUUAUGGAUUAAUA